AUGAAAGCGACUAUAAUCAUGUCGUUUUCAGCCGCUGUCCACCGGUUUAUAGCGCCUGAGAUCCAGGAGAACCCCAACGGUUGGGGACCUAAUACAGUGCCGGAACAGUUCAAAGACAUGCCGUAUCAGCCCUUCUCCAAGAGUGACCGCAUCGGCAAAGUAUGUCAUCGCAGGGGUCGACAUAUGCCGUCGGCGCCCACCACUCAGAGUGGUGGGCGCCGACGGCAUAUCUGUUUGGGAAUAGGUUGGGGACCUAAUACAGUGCCGGAACAGUUCAAAGACAUGCCGUAUCAGCCCUUCUCCAAGAGUGACCGCAUCGGCAAAGUGGCCGACUGGACGGGACAGACAUAUGCCGACAAACGACUGGCCAACAAAUAUCAGUCUCAGUUCGGAGGCGGCGGUCAGUAUUCGUACAAUCAAGAGGACGACGAGUCGUCGUAUCAAUUGGUGGACACGACUCGUGUGAUUAAUAAGAUGCAAAGGGGACGCCUUCGCAUCGGUCAGCGUAAUAUGAGAGGUCGUGGCGGCAGAGGUGGUCCGGGCGGCCAUCAGCGGGCGGACAUGCAUGUGCUGUCGCGCGGAGUGCGGGGCAGAGACAGAGGCGGGGCGACGAUGCGCGGCGGGAAGUGGCAGAACAAGAAUCCGCGCCAGAAAUACGACCAAAAGAAUCAACAAAACCAGAAGAAGAGGGACGCGUCGGUCGACGUGAGGCCCACGUGGAAGAUAAUCGAAGAGAUGGACUUUCCGCGACUCAGCAAACUCUCGCUGCCAGCGGUUCCCGACGGCAAAGACGUCUACACGUGCGGUGCGCUCGAGUACUACGACAAGACCUACGAUCGGGUGACCACGAAGAAUGAGAAACGCUUGACUCGCGUGAAUCGUAUCUUUCAUAAAGUGACCACAACUGACGACCCGAUUAUUCGCCAGUUGUCCAAAACGGAGGGCAAUGUGUUCGCCACGGAUGCCAUCUGCGCGGCCCUCAUGUGCGCCACCCGUUCGGUCAUAUCGUGGGAUCUUGUGGUCCAAAAAGUGGGCAAUAAGUUGUUUUUCGACAAACGCGACGAAUCGGAGUUUGAUUUGUUGAAUGUGAACGAAACGGCUUCGGAACCGCCCUUCUCUCAAGAGGACGGCACCAAUAAUAUCAAUUGGCCCCGCAAUCUGGCACUGGAGGCCACUUUCAUUAACCACAACUUCUCGCAACAGGUGCUGAAGACCAACGACGAGAAGUAUAAGUUUGAGAACAAGAAUCCGUUCGUUCAGGAGGACGAAGAGGGAGAGGUGGCGUCCGUCGCCUAUCGGUAUCGCAAAUGGGAUUUAGGCGAUGGCGUAGAGCUGGUCGUCCGUUGCGAACACGACUCAGUCAUGUUGGGCCCCAACGGCGAGCAUCAGUUCGUCAACAUUAAGGCACUCAACGAAUGGGAUCCCAGAAUAUCGGCGGGAAUUGAUUGGCGACAAAAGUUGGAUAUCCAACGCGGAGCUGUUCUGGCCAAUGAGCUCAAGAAUAACUCGUGCAAACUCGCCAAAUGGACAGUACAGGCACUGUUGGCCGGUUCCGAUCAGAUCAAGUUCGGAUACGUAUCGCGCGUGCAUUUCCGGGAUUCGUCAAAACACGCCAUAUUAGGGACGCAACAGUUUAAGCCCAAAGAGUUUGCCGAUCAGACCAACUUGAAUAUGGACAACGCUUGGGGUGUCUUGAGGUGUAUAAUCGAUGUCUGUAUGAAACUAAAAGAGGGAAAGUAUCUGAUCCUUAAGGACCCCAAUAAGGCGACGCUUCUUCUGUACGACAUUCCCGACCAGACCUUCGAGACGGACGACGACGAGGACACCGACGACGAUGACGAAGAAGAGGAGACCGAGAAUUAA